UACCGCCGUCUUGUCUCGCGACCGUGUUAUGCACGUUGUAAUGCCGUGAUCGAUUCGCUUGUCGUCGUACUUGCUUAAUUUGCCUUCAAUGGAGGGUAGUACGUACCAAACGCUUUCCAGACUACUAUUAGCUGUUUUAGUUGCGAUCUCAACAGUGCAGCUUAGCCAAUUCGGCGCAUAUGCUCUGUACGAAGACCAAGCAGGAAAGUUGGACUGGCGGCAACGAUUCAUCGGGAAACCCCUGUUCGUGUAUGCCGAUCACAGCUCGGUAGGCUCUAAUCAACGCAUCGUCGUUGCGACCGAGAAGAAUGUGCUCGCCUCCCUUAACACGCGCAACGGAGCCCUGACGUGGAGGCAGGUGCUUGAACACGAUGGCAGCAUGCACGCAGUAUCCUCUUCCGGCGAUCUCAUUACUGUGUCGGGCAACGCACCCUACGUUCGAGCCUGGGACGUCCAUACGGGAGUGCUACAGUGGGAGAAGACCCUACCGCACAGCUCCGCCCCCCUGGUCAGGUACGACGUCAAUUCUCACGCGAGCGAGCUCACAGCGGUCGAGGUGCAUCCGGGAUCUCACGUUGUCGCAACCAUCUACAACCUGCAAAACGGUGAAAUGAAAACAUCUCCAGUGGUUUCGGCCCCGUGGAUUACCGAUCGGACUGACUGCCGGCUUGUGGAGCACAAGUACCUGGCAUGUCUCGACGCCAAGGCUUCUACGAUUCGAGUGAUGGCACUCGGCGAGUCAGCAGCUUUCCGCGACGUCCCCUUAUCAUCUCUCGGCAUUCAGCUUGACGACCCAACCGCCGUUCCGGUGUUACAGCCCAUCCAAGGUCCAACACGUGCCCACGAAGAUUCGUACCUCGCCUUGCGCAUGCCAAACCGUGGUUUCGCCCUGUUGCGAAUUACCAAGACGGGGGUGAGACUCGCAAAGAUGUUCCCGAAUGCCACGCACCUCGUUAGUAUGGGCGACGGUUGGCAGAUUACACGAAAGCCGCAGGAAAACGCGGCCAGUGGCACAGGUGAUGAACCUGCCUAUAUAGGCGUAGUUGAACAGCUCGAAAACGGCAUCAGCAAGGUUUUCAUAUACGAAUUGGGCGGCAACUGGCAGCAGAAAGAAGACAGUGAGGGUCAGUUUGCGAUCCCACCAACUAUGGCGAAUGCAGACAGCAUUCAUUUACUGCCGUUCCUACUCAAGGACCUAAAACAGGCCUAUAAAAUUCUAGUUGUUACUGAAGACGAUGCCGUUCUCCUUUUUCACCAACAGGGCCGUCUGUUAUGGACGAGAGAAGAGGCCUUGGCAUCGGUUCUUGGAGCACAGUUUAUAGACCUGCCUCUUUCAGAAACAGAUGCAAAGAUUGAACAAGAGUUUGGAGACGGCAAUGCGAAUGUACUGGCCAUGUUUCUUACGCGCAUCACGAUGCAGCUUUGCCAGUUACAGAGCUUGCUGCUAGGUCUAUUUUCCAGCCUCAGUGGCACUAUAGGCCAACCAGAAGCAGGUGUGGCUUCGCGGGAUCUGACACGUGACAAGUUUGGCUUCAACAAAGUUAUAUUGCUGAGCACUGCGGCUCAAAAGUUGUUUGCCUUGAACAACAGAAAUGGGCAGAUAGUUUGGAGCCAGCAUUUUCCACAGUUGCAUCCACUGAACAGUGCUGGCACCAAGAAACUCCCAAUCUUUGUCCAGAGGACAACUGCACAUUAUCCGCACCCACCUCGCUGCACAGUGCUCGGCAAGCAUAGUUCUGGCAACGGGUACUUGGUUUCGGUGAAUCCCAUAACAGGAGUUAUCUUGGACACACAGGAACUUCCCUACCAUAUUCUACAGGCUUCAUCGCUACCUUUUCUUGACGAUGAGUACACCAGGGGGCUGCUUUUCCUAGAUAGCAAGCUUGGUGUCCACACAUACCCAACCUCAGCUGCUAAGCUUGUUUAUGAACAUCGGGACACACAGUAUCUCUUCACUGCUGAUCCUGCCACUGGAGAUCUUGUCGGAUAUAGUCUGAGGCCGUCAACUCCGACGAAGCUUGCAGUAGAAACUGUGUGGACAGCAUCUCUUCAAAGCGAAGGACAGAAGAUUACACACGUUGUGAUGCGCAAUCCGCUGGAGCAUGUUCAUUCGCAAGGCCGAGUCAUGGGUGACCGCAGUGUUCUGUACAAAUACCUGAACCCAAAUUUGGUUGCGGUUGUGACCGAGGGCACCGACAAUAUCCACAAGGUGACCAGUGUGACCGUGCACCUUAUUGAUGUCAUCACUGGAGCGUUCAUUUACUCAGGAAGCCACAAGAGAGCUAGGGGCCCCGUUCACGUGGUACACUCGGAGAACUGGAUUGUCUACUGUUACCACAAUGAAAAGUCCCGUCGGGCCGAAAUUUCCGUGAUUGAACUUUACGAAGGCGCCGUGCAGAGCAACACUUCUGCAUUUUCGUCAUUCAAUUCACCGCCGGGAGCCAUUGUCGAACAUCAGAGUUACGUGUUUCCAAGCUCAGUAGAUGCCAUGGUCGAUACUGUCACGGAAAAAGGAAUCACAAGCAAACACGUAUUGCUAGCCCUUCCAACAGGUGCUAUUCUGGAACUACCAAAGGCACUUCUCGAUCCAAGAAGACCUAUCACACCGACAGCCCAACACCGGGAAGAAGGACUUAUCCCGUACACGCCUGAACUACCCAUAAGUGCCGAGCACAUAGUAAAUUACAACCAGUCUGUUGCUAGAGUGGCAGGAUUCGCAGCUGCUGCUUCAGGACUAGAAUCUACCUGUCUAGUAGUUACUUAUGGACUGGACAUUUUCUAUACUAGAGUUGCACCGUCUAAAACUUUCGACAUCCUGAAAGAUGACUUUGACCAUGUGUUGAUAUCUGUUGUGCUUACAAUACUUAUCCUGGUUUCGUAUGUCAGCAAGCGGUUUUCUGCAAGAAAAGCAUUAAGAGCAGCCUGGAAGUAGUGUUUCAAAAGUUUGGAGAGCAUCGGCUCAAUAUGGCAGGAAUUCCGCAUGAACAAGAUGGACUUGCCUCCAUUUGUCACUUUGUGCCGCAAGCCUCAUUCUGCACAGCUGUUUGCACCUGUGUGUUUGUCUUGUUUCACCAUCAUGGACACUUGUCCAUUGAACAUUUGUGUUAUAAGGAUAUAUGUUGGUUCUUGAAGGGUUUAGGCUGGUGCGAUAGUUGUGUUGUUUAAAGAAAAAGUAUGCUGAAUGCAGCCUUGCAGUGAUGUCUUUAUUAUUGUCCCAUUUGAAGAGGCCAGUGGAUCCUCUGAAAUUUAGGAAGAAGCAGUUCAUCAGCAGAGUAUUUCCAUAUGUACACAAAUCUUACCUCUGUCACUGUAUUUGAAUUUAUUGCUAAUUCUAAUAUAUUUUUGUUCUCAUUUUAUUUCCAAGUUCUUUAAUUUUACCAAAGAUGGCAUGUCUUUUUGCCUCUGGCAUUAAAAGCAUUUGUAAAUACCGAUAUAUGCACAUCUACCUGUCUACUGGCUAGAACCAGGUUAAAUGAUUAAACUAUAAACUAGCUAAUCACUGCAUAUAUUUUGUAUCUUUAUUUUGAUAUUUGGUGUUGCAGACAGAGAAAAUUCUGUAUACUUUCGAUUGCACUUCCUUUUGAGCAUAUUCAAUUCUAAUGCCAGCACAUUCAGUUCUAAGAGCAAAGGAGCGCCAACAGCACUAGCCUUACCUGUGUCCUGUGUUAUUUAGAUGACACGAAAAAUUUUUUUUCUGUUUUUCUUAUGCCUCAGCUCAACCUAUGAGGGAACAUAUCAAAGAGUGCAAUAGGCUAGCGCAGCACGUAUGUUUGCCAUAUUCAUUGACUUAGGCAUUUUAUUUCAUUUUAAUACCACCUCUGGCUUGAACUGUUUAAUUUAGGUGCAGCACAACAUGCCUUCAUGUCGGAUAAAUUUGCCAUCUUUGUAUGUAAAGAUUUAUGUGCAAUUAUACUUAAACACCUUACC